AUGGCUCCUUCCGCCAUCUCCGACCACCAACAAUCAUCCCUCCCAACAGAUAGCAAUUCCAUCACGUCCUAUCGUGGCUAUGACCACGUACACUGGUACGUGGGCAAUGCCAAACAAGCAGCCAGCUUCUAUAUCACGCGUAUGGGCUUUGAGCGUGUAGCAUAUCGCGGGCUUGAAACAGGCUGUCGCAGCUUGUGCUCUCACGUUGUACGCAACGGCGACAUAACAUUUGUCCUUACCUCGCCACUACGCUCACCCUACAACCCCGAAAAAUUGAACCGACAUCUCUCUUCCCAAGAGCAGGAACUCCUCAAAGAGAUCCACGACCAUCUCGCCAAACAUGGAGAUGCCGUAAAGGAUGUCGCCUUUGAGGUUGAUUCCGUCGAUGCCGUAUUCAACGCCGCGGUGCAGAAUGGUGCCGUGUCCGUUUCGCAGCCUGAGACUUUGAAGGAUGAGCACGGUUCGGUGCGAGUUGCUACGAUUCGUACUUAUGGAGAGACCACGCAUACUCUGAUUCAGCGAAGAGUGGGCCCGGAGCAGCAUACUGAUUAUACAGGUGCAUUCUUGCCGGGGUAUCGUGAUGAGAGAUCAGACAGCAAUGCCGCAAAGGAUCCGAUUACUGCGCUCUUGCCGAAGGUGGAUUUGAAGAGAAUUGACCACUGUGUUGGAAAUCAGGAUUGGGAUGAGAUGGAGAGGGUUUGCGCGUACUACGAAAAAGUUCUCGGAUUCCACCGAUUCUGGUCCGUCGAUGAUAAAGAUAUUUGCACAGACUACUCUGCCCUCAAAUCCAUAGUAAUGUCCUCUCCCAACGAAAUCGUCAAAAUGCCCAUCAACGAACCCGCCACCGCCAAGAAGCAGUCCCAGAUCGAAGAAUACGUUGAUUUCUACGAUGGGGCAGGCGUGCAACACAUAGCCUUAUUGACCGAUGACAUUAUUAGUGCAAUCACCAACCUGCGCGCUCGCGGAGUCGAGUUUAUCAAAGUCCCCGAAACAUACUACGACAACAUGUGGGCGCGCCUUAAGAAAGCCGGUAUGAUGCCCAAGGAAGCUUGGGAGGAUAUCAAGAGUCUGGAUAUCCUGAUUGAUUUUGAUGAAGGGGGUUAUUUAUUGCAGCUCUUUACAAAGCACCUUAUGGACCGUCCCACUGUCUUCAUUGAAAUCAUUCAACGCAAUAACUUCUCCGGAUUCGGUGCUGGCAAUUUCAGAUCUCUGUUUGAAGCCAUUGAGCGCGAGCAAGCGCUGAGAGGAAACCUUGUCUAA